AUGCGCGAGCACCACUCUGAGAUUAGUGCUAAAGUGCAAGAACGAGAACUGGUUGGAGCAACCCCGCAUCUCCGACUCCUUGAAUGGAUAGAAAAUUACCACUCUCAUAUGGAGAAACUUUUGCCUCAGCACGCAGCAGUCGAGAGAAUACCACACGUCUUAGGAGAAGUGAAGUUCGUGUCCGGAGAGCAACUUCGUAAUCGCCGAUUUCUAGAUUGGGCUUUCGUUCAACUCUCCAGAGAGGCCGAGGAACAAUGUUUCAGACCUAACCGCAUGUUUCAAAUUCCUCCCGCCUUUCUGCCAGAAAAGUUCAUACCUCCUCGCCCUACUAUGGUUAUCCAGGAGCACGGUGUUCUAAACGAGUUUGGCUCAUCAGCCAACCUAGGCGAGCCUUUUGCUACGACGGAUAUUCGGGCUCAUUCAUUCUCAAUGGAGAUGGAGCUGUAA